AUGCCGCGUCGAGAUAUCUAUCUUCAUGAUCCAAGUGUAUGUUGGGAUUCUAUUAUUGGACUUGAUGCAGCUAAACGUACAGUAAAAGAAGCCGUUGUUUAUCCAAUACGAUAUCCACAAUUAUUUACUGGUAUAUUAUCACCAUGGAAAGCUUUACUUUUAUACGGUCCACCUGGCACAGGAAAAACCUUAUUAGCUAAAGCUGUAGCAACAGAAUGUAAAACAACAUUUUUUAAUAUAUCAGCCUCAACUAUAGUUAGUAAAUGGCGUGGUGACUCAGAAAAACUUGUACGUGUUUUAUUUGAAUUAGCACGGUUUCAUGCACCAUCAACAAUUUUUUUGGAUGAACUCGAUGCAAUAAUGAGUCAACGUGGGAGUGGUGGUAAUGCAGGCUCUGAACAUGAAGGUAGUCGACGAAUGAAAACAGAAUUACUUGUUCAACUUGACGGAUUAGCUAAAACUGAUGAUCUUGUUUUUCUUCUUGCUGCAUCUAAUUUACCUUGGGAACUUGAUCAUGCAAUGUUAAGACGUUUAGAAAAACGUGUUCUAGUAGAUUUACCAACAAAAGAAGCUCGAAAAGCUAUGUUUCAACAACUUUUACCACCAACUGUUAUUCAUGACAAAAAUGGUCUUGUGUUAUAUUCUGAUCUAGAUUAUGAACGAUUAAGCAAUAACACAGAAGGUUAUUCAGGUGCGGAUAUUAAACUUGUAUGUAAAGAAGCAGCUAUGAAUCCAUUAAGAAAAGUAUUUCAUAUACUUGAAACUCUUCAUGAUGAUGCUGAAUUAGGUAAAUGUAUUCAACUUGAUUCAAUAACAACAGCUGAUAUUGAAAAAGUUUUAUCAACAACAAAACCAUCAGCACGAGCAUUUAAAGAUAAAUAUACACAAUGGCAAAAAGAAUUUGAAUCUGUUUAA